AUGAGUUCUGAGCAAGUUACUUUCGAUCCGGCACAGUUGCCGAGAGUUGACAACCUGGGUCAGCGACGUCGAUAUAUUGAGCAAUAUAUCCGGAAAUUCAACAAGGAGCUGCUCCCAGAGAUGGCGCUGGCUCGCGAAGGGGCCAUUUUCUUUGUUUCUCGCAAGUACGAAGAACGUGGCAAGCUGGAGGCACCAUUCGUGUACUUUGAGUACAUGGUUGAUAAGUCGCUGUGGCGCAACAUUUUCAUGGACCUUGGCAAAGAUGCGCCUGCCUGGCCUUGGAAGAAAGGCCCCGGUUCCGAAGAUAUGAGCGGCGGGAUGUCAAGCACCUACCGUGAAUGGCGAACUAAGUACGGUUUUCCCACAACGCCUCAGCAGGAGGCAGACACUCUCGAGACCGCUUCUCUGGUACCUCCCCAGGUACACGCUCCGCUUACUCUCCCUGUGGCGCCCCAGACCGCGCUCCUCAAUACCCAGCAUCGGAUCAAGAAUCCCGUGGCCCUCGACAUGGCUGCGCGACAGCGGUUCUGGGAGAUAUCCUCCGGUGACGAGUGUAUUGGUGUCCUUGCUGGCCCUUUCGCUCUCAACCUUCCCGUGUGGCUGGACUUUGAGAAACUUGUUGUUGGUGAGGAUGGCCGUGAUAUCGACGCCAUCAACAACGAGAUCCUUGAGUCGGCCGUGGCUAUCUCUUGGGAGGUCUCAGGUGGCAAGCCUGUCCGCCUGGUGGUUGGCUUUAAUGAUGAGGCCAGAUCGGGGCUCCCUGCGGUCCAGCAGUACCUGUUCGAGGUUUGGUGUGACGUGGUCGCAUGGUUCUGUUCUGUGGUGAUGGGAGCUCCGUUCAGAUUGGCCGCUUACCUGAGGGCCAUCCAAGCCAUCAAUCCUUUGAUGGAUCGGACACCAGACGUCCAUAAAGCUCAAUCUUUGUGGCAACAGUCCCUCGCCGACAGUGAUCUCUUUGCCAGCCGAGCCCGCGAACUUCAAGAGUACUUCGACUUUUGGUCCCCGAUGAUCCGAGAGGUCAUCCAGCAGCCUCUGGGAGUGGCUGAGGACGGCAUUGCGGGUUGGAUUUGCAGUGAGGAGGAUUCAGAUGAACGGACCAAGCGUUUCAACGUUGCUCGAGAUGUUUGGCUGUCCAGCUCUUCGGACCCCAAAGCCAUCCGCCGAGCUGGCAAAUGGGCCCAGAACUUCCUUGCCACCAUUCAGCCCUCCGUUUAG